UCCAUGUGUAAAAAAUGUACUAUAGAUAAUAGUUGUCUAACUUCUUUGACACACACGAAUAAAAUAAAUUUAAUCAUGCCUAGCAUCAAGCACUAUAAUCUGUCAUUUUUAUUCUUUUAGUGAUAAAUUAUAUCAUUUAACAUAAGUUAAUUGAUAAAAAUAUUAGGAAAUGUUUGAAUAAAAUUCGCAAUGAAAGAGUCAACGAUGACAAAUGCAACGAUAGCUUAUUUGUAGUAUUGAUAAAGUAAAGUAAUAUUUUAUAGAAGUGAAAUAACGCAUUUAAUAAAGGAAACUUAUAAAUUUGAGCAGUAUUACUGUUAUAAAAUUUCCAUUAUACUGUGUGUUUAAGUUAUUCUACUUUUUUAUUAUUACUAUAAACAAGCAAGUACAUCUUUUAUUAUUAUCCACAUUGAAAUUAAUUAUAAACAAGUGUUAUAGCAGUGAGUAUUAUAACAUCCUGUGAAACAGUAUGAUCAUGACAUAAUUGAGCAUAUAAAAUAAUAUGUUCAUUGAUAUUUUAUAGUUUACAUAUUGGUUAGAUGACAUAAAGAUCUCAUAUAAAAUAUACUGAAGAAUAUAUUUUACUAAUAAUCAUGUCAUCGCCAGAGCAAUCAAUGAUUGUGCAAUCAAAAUUUGUCUCUGGAGAGACUGUAAUAAUUGCAAUUGAAGCAUCAUUGAUACAGGGUUGGGAUAAAGCUGCAAGAAUAGUAGCACUUCUUAAUAAAGGAACAACUCAUGCAUUGGUCAUUUUAAUUACUUCUAGAACACCUCCACAAGUUUAUAGUGAUCUUACAAUAGAAAGAAUAUUACCUAUUGAUCAAGAUUUUAAAUGUAAUAUAAAUACUGAUGAAAAGCAACAGGAAACUCUUGAUGUUUAUCUUAAUGUUACAUCCAGGAAAUUACACUUUGUAUUUGAAAUGAGACCAGGAGUAGAAACAAGUUCUUUAGUGUCCGAAAUAUUUAGGGCUAUAGAAGUAUAUCAAAAAACAAAAAAUUCAGCAUCAGAAUUUCUGUGGAUUCAGAAAUUAACAGGAAGUGCACGUAAUUUAAAUCCCAAUAAUAAUGAAGAUAUACAAGACAACACUGAUCCUCUAGUAGAUUUGGAGAGUCCAGUUUUAGUUGUCACAAGACGUAGUAUUGCAUCUGGUAAGUCUCCUGUGGCUGCUAGGGAAUCAGCAGUACGGUAUCAGAUGGCAUGUAAAGAAGAUGAUUAUACAUACAGCAAAACAUUCCGUAUAUUUACUGGUACAUGGAACGUAAAUGGCCAACCACCAAAUAAUAUUACAUUACAUGACUGGUUAAGUUAUGAUAAAUCACCACCAGAUAUAUAUGCAAUUGGAUUUCAAGAAUUAGAUUUAACUAAAGAAGCUUUUCUUUUCAAUGAUACUCCAAGAGAAGAAGAGUGGAGACAAGUAGUAGCAAAAUCUCUUCAUCCAGAUGGUGUAUAUGAACAAGUUGCCAUAAUAAGAUUAGUAGGCAUGAUGUUGAUUAUAUAUGCAUUACAUAGUCACAUGCCACAUAUAAAAGAUGUAUCAGUUGAUACAGUAGGCACUGGUAUUAUGGGUAAAAUGGGUAACAAAGGUGGAGUAGCAGUAAGUUGUACCAUUCACAAUACGUCUAUUUGCUUUGUUAAUGCUCAUUUAGCAGCACAUUGUGAGGAAUAUGAAAGGAGAAAUCAAGAUUAUGGAGAUAUAUGUACACGUUUGUCAUUCUCAAAAUAUGUUCCACCUAAAAAUUUUAAAGAUCAUGACCAGAUCUAUUGGUUAGGAGAUUUGAAUUAUCGAAUAACAGAAAUGGACGCUGCGGCAGCUAAAGAAUACAUAGAUGUUGGAAAUUAUGCACCUGUCUUAGCUCUAGAUCAACUUGGUCAACAACGACGAUUAGGUCGUGUUUUUCAAGGAUUUCAAGAAGCGGAAAUAACAUUUAAACCAACGUAUAAAUAUGAUCCAGGAACUGAUAAUUGGGAUUCAAGUGAGAAGGGUAGAGCACCAGCAUGGUGUGAUCGUAUUUUAUGGAAAGGAGAAGCAAUCACAUCAAUUGAUUACAGAAGUCAUCCUGAAUUAAAAAUUUCUGAUCAUAAACCAGUUAGUGCAAUUUUCGAUUCUCAGAUUAGAAUUAUUGACAUAGCAAAAUAUCGCAAAAUUCACGAAGAAGUGAUGAAAAGGCUUGAUAAAUUAGAAAAUGAAUUUUUACCGCAAGUAAUGGUGGAUACAACAGAGAUCAUAUUUGAUACCUUAAAGUUUCUAGAACCUAGUAGCAAAGAACUUAUUAUCGCUAACACCGGACAGGUACCAGUUCAAUUUGAAUUUAUAAAGAAAUUAGGCGAUACUACUUAUUGUAAAGACUGGCUCGAUAUAGAACCCUAUAAAGGUUUCAUAAAACCAGGAGAAAAAUGUGACACUAGAUUCGAAAUAUAUGUUGACAAAAGAUCGGCAUGCAAAUUGAAUUCUGGAGAAGAUAAAUUAUACGAUAUUUUAAUUUUACAUCUUGAAGGAGGAAAGGAUAUAUUUAUAACUGUCACAGGUACUUACGAAAGAAGUUGUUUCGGAUCUUCCAUGGAAGCUUUAGUUCAUAUUCCAGUACCAAUCAGAGAAAUUCCUGUUGGUAGAUUAAUGGAACUCGAAAAUAAUAAAAAUCUUUCCCAAGAACCUUACCCUGUUCCAAAAGAAGUAUGGUUCUUAGUAGAUAGACUAUAUCGUCAUGGCAUAAAAACGGCAGGCCUUUUUGAAACACCAGGACUACACAGUGAAAUUAUAGCCAUAAGGGAUUGGUUAGACAAUUGGAGCCAAGAUCCAAUGCCUGGUAGCGUACACUCUGUUGCAGAAGCAUUGCUUUUACUUUUAGAAUCAACAGCUGAACCUUUAAUUCCAUAUAAUUUACAUAAUGUGUGUUUGAAUACAGUGACUAAUUAUUCACAAUGCAAACAAAUUGUAAUGCAGCUUCCAGAAAUAAGGAGAACAGUUUUUGUUUAUAUAUGUUACUUUUUACAAGAAUUAUUAAAUCAUACUCAAGACAACGAAUUAGAUGCCAAAACUCUUGCGACACUAUUUGGAUCAGUAUUUUUAAGAGAUCCACCAAGAAGUAGAGGUGACCGAGAUCAAAGAAGAAUGAUUCGUACUCAAAUUGUUCAAGCAACAAUUGAUAGGAAGAAAGCUGCAUUCGUUUAUCACUUUUUAGUUAAUGAUCAAAGCGAUUUUAUUUUAGGUCGAUAGUAAAACGUACCUAAUGUAAACUUUAAAAGAAGCAGAAUGAAUAUUUCAUUUGUUCUAUUUAGCUGAAAUAAUAAUACAAUUAAUAUCAUGCUAAAAAAAUAUUUUGCGAUAUUUAGUAUUUCUAUGAUAGUACUUAACUACGUAAACAAAAUUUUGAUAACGGCAGAAUGCACGUAUAUAAAAUAACUUGCCAAUUUAAAAAAAUGUGCUAGCUAAACACUGCGUGCUAUUCCGAAAUACUCGUAACUAGAUGUUAAGUAAAAGAAAAAACCAAGCUACAAUUUCAUCUAGUCUCUCUAUAGCCUGAAAAGGCUAAAUAUGUAUUAUGUAAAUUUAUUCACGAAAGAAAUUAUUCUUUAACUAAGUUAAUUUUAUAUUACUUUAAAAUUAUUAUUACUGUUUAGAAUUACAAUGAUUUUAAUAUAUAAAUAAUAAUUUGAACAUUUACUCAGGUUCAAUAUGUAUGACUGUAAUGUAUUGGAAACACGUGUUAACUUUUGUAUCAAAAUUUUAUUAAAAAAUACAUAUAAAAUGUGAUAAAUAACGUAGUUCGUAAUAUUUUAUUUCCAGACAAAAGAUGUAACAAUCUAUGAAAGCAUAUAGAUAAUGGUGAAGUCUUAAAUGCAAUUGAAUUUAAAAAGGAACGGUUUUUGUAAAUGUCAUAACUUUGUACUAAAUACAAAAUGGUAAACAUAAAACAUUAAUUGAAAAAUUAUGAAGCACGUCAUUGAACUCGUAUGCGAACAGUAAUGUGAUUUGUAAAUAAAUGACAAUUCCGAACUUUUUUAUGCAGAAAAAAAUUAAUAGAUCAAUUACUAUUAUUACAAAAUACAUAAAACAUCAGAAAAAAAUUAACAGAUCAAUUAC